GCGCGCGGCCGUGCGUCAGCGGCCCGGGGUGGGGCGGAGGCGUUGGCGCUGCCACGUCCUGGUCGUGGCUCUCGCAGCGGCGGCCGCGACGGCAACCGUGGCUCGGGAGGUGGCGGAGGAGGUGGGGCUGGCGCUGAAGCCGGAUCCGGAUCCGGUUCUGUGUACCCGGGUGGGUGAGAGUCCGACGGGCCUGGAGAGGAGCGCCGACCGCGAGGCCUCCACGGACCUUACUGCAAAGAUGAAACCUGAUGAAACUCCUAUGUUUGACCCAAGUUUACUCAAAGAAGUGGACUGGAGCCAGAAUACAGCUACAUUUUCUCCAGCCAUUUCCCCAACACAUCCUGGAGAAGGUUUGGUCUUGAGGCCCCUUUGUACUGCUGACUUAAAUAGAGGUUUUUUUAAGGUACUAGGUCAACUGACAGAGACUGGUGUUGUCAACGCUGAACAAUUUAUGAAAUCUUUUGAGCACAUGAAGAAAUCUGGAGAUUAUUAUGUUACAGUUGUGGAAGAUGUGACUUUAGGACAAAUUGUUGCUACAGCAACUUUGAUAAUAGAACAUAAAUUCAUCCAUUCCUGUGCUAAGAGAGGAAGAGUAGAAGAUGUUGUUGUUAGUGAUGAAUGCAGAGGAAAGCAGCUUGGCAAACUGUUAUUAUCAACCCUUACUUUGCUAAGCAAGAAACUGAACUGUUAUAAGAUUACCCUUGAAUGUCUACCACAAAAUGUUGGUUUCUAUAAAAAGUUCGGAUAUACAGUAUCUGAAGAAAACUACAUGUGUCGGAGGUUUCUCAAGUAAAAAAGACAUUUGUAAAGUAAGAAAGACAUUUGUCAAAGGAGCUAAUGGAACAAGGCAAUACUCUUCCUAGAGUUAAAAUACUUUGUUGCUGCAACCCAGUGACCUCCAUAAAUUCUGGAUUG